AUGACCGUCCGCUUUAAGAGUGAGUACCAGAAAAGCUACGGCGUGUCCCGCUCCAGAAGUGUCUCCCCUCAGCGCAGCGCUCCAUUGGCCGGCCUUCGCUCUGACCACAUGGGUGAGAGCUCCCCUCCACACACAGCCCAGAGGGAGACAAACGGCUCUCUGAAGGGUUGGCGUGUCCCUGUUUUGGGGUCUGCAGGCAUCAGCAGAGAGCCGUGUCUGCAGCGCCGGAGGCGGCCCGGUUCUGUGGGGGCUGCUCAGCCCAGCAGCUCCCUGCUCUUCCCUCCAGAUGUGCAGCAGCAGGCUGUGGCCCACCUGAGGGCGCCACCUGCUGCUUCCAGAAACCGCUCAGCCCACAGAACCAAGCCUCCGGUGGACCCCCAACAGCCCACUGCAGCACCAGCUACCAGCAGACCUCCAGGGGAACCUGAGACCCCGACUGGCCCCCGGCCGGCUGCGGAUGCUGGACCCCCACAAGAACCAGUGAGGCCCCGCCCCUCCCAGCCAGAGAACCAAUCACAGCCGCGCACGCCUGAUGAUGGUCAGCGUCAACCUCCAACCACCAAGGUUGACAACGUGCUGCUGUGGAAGGCCGGACUGAGGCCCGAGGGUCACAGGUCAGGAGGUCAUAGGUCAGAGUACCACAGACAGUUUGGCUGGAAGAAUCCUCUAAGCGCUGGAUCGCCCCUGCUGACCGCAGAGCAGGUGAUGUACUCCAGCAACAGGGCAGUCCCUCCCUUCAAGACCGACCCCGUUUCCAUGGAGACGGAGUACCGGAGGAACUUCCAGGGUGUGAUCCCGCCCACCGGGACCCGCCUUCGGAAACACCUGGAGCACCAGAGAGCCCCCCUAUUCCACACACAGAAGACAAACAGAAAGAGGAGGGAAGAGCUCCAGAGGCAGGCCGGCCGGCAGCGGGCUCAGAGGGCAGCCGCCGGGUCAGCGUCCCCCCUGAGGGACACGCCCCCGGCCCCCCAGGGGCUCAGAGCACUCAGGAACCUGAACGGAGGCGGAGCCAGUCCCCACAUCGCCCUGCAGGUGGGCGAGCUGAGGCAGAAGGCCCAGUCCUACCGGCACCGGGCCUGGGGAACCAACUUCUCCAGAGUCCACCUGGGCCAGCUGCUGUCUGACCACAACGCGCUUGGGGAGAGCAGCCAAACCCCCAGGAAGCCGGAGGGGGGGGCACCAACCCCCCCAGCUGAGCAGCCAGCAGCCUGGGGAGACGAGGAGGAAGAGGAGGGUACAGAUGACGAGGAGGGGCGGCUCCCGACACCCCGGCUGAAGACGAAGCCGGUUCAGAGAACUCACCUGGACCUCACCACACCGGCCACAGGGGGGGCCCUCCUCGUAGGCAACCUGAAGAGUGCUGACGACGCCCCCCCAAACAAGCAGGGGGGGGCCGACACCCCGCCCAGACCCCGGGAGGCGUGGGCAGAGAGGGCCCCAAACCCCACCACCCCCCCCCCCCCCCCCCAACCCAGCGGGACCAAGCAGCCGGCAGCCCCGCCCCCCCCGGUCCUCCUGCCCCAGCACGUCAUCCAGGGGACCCUGAGACACCCCGACUUCCAGCACAACGAAGAGCCAGCCCACCACUGCUAA